AUGUCUGCCACCCACCAACCGCCACCCAUGCAAGGCUUGCCCACCCCCCCUCCUUCCAUCGGCUAUGAUGUCCAUGAGUUCCGAAGAUUUUUCUCAUUUGGUUUAUCUCAGCUAAAGCAAAACAAUAAGUAUAUAAUCAACGACCUGACCACGCUUGCCAGUGUGUACACCCAGCGGAUGUCCACUUGCAUCGUCAAAGAGAUUGAGCAGUACAUCCUGGAGAGCCAUCCCACCCAUCGACUCAUCGGAUUUUACGCCCUGGACUCCAUCUGUAAAAACCUUGGCCAUCCCUUCCCCGAGCUGUUUAAAGCAUCCAUCGAGCGGCUAUUCUUAACCGCCUACCGAGAUGUUGAAAAACUUAAUUCAACAACUAAAAUCAAGUUCGAAGAGCUGCUAGGCACCUGGAGAACAGGUUCGGCAACUCAAUCCGAACUUUUUGGCCCUGAACUCCAGAGGAGAAUGGAAGAUGGUAUCUUCGGUAGUUGGCGACAUGGGAAUCAACCUCCUAGCAGCCUGGCGUUUCUCAACGGGAUUAAACAACUGCCAGCAAUCGCCUCUCCUACCGAGAAAGCUAGUAUCCUAUUCGACCUGCGUAGGAUAUUGGCGGAUCGCCGAGAUAUCGCCAUGAAUGCCCCAACCGACCAAGCCAAUCUGGUCCAAAUUGACACCUUGCAGCAGCUCGAGCAAUUAGUGGCCACCCAACAAAUAACCAUGUCCCAAGUCGACGAGAUUCGCCACCAGCUCGAGCCACUCAAGCUCGCACCUACCCUACCCCGCUCGACCAAUCACCAAUCUGUCCCGCAACAUCACCCCCUCCCUGCUGCUCACCACCCUUCUCAGCCAUCUCAUUUUCUCGAAGACUCUGGCACACUCGCUCAGCUUAAUCACUUCCUCGAAGCCAACCCCAACAUUCUCCAGCAAGCCAUGCAGCAGUCGCAGCAAGCCCAAGCGCCUCAGACAGCUUUUGCCCAGCCGCCAACUCCUCCGAUGCCUGAUCCCACAUUCCAAAAUGUAUCCGAAAUUCUGUCCCAGUUUGUUCAACCCCAGCCGGCCACUGCUUCUGUCACUGGACCGAUCAACCAGGGCUUGUUGGACCCCAAUCUGUUCGAUGGACCAAACCUUGCCGCUGCUCUGACUGCCCUCAACAUGCCUCAAUGUACCCCCGGGGCUUUUACCCGGGAGCAAUCUUCUGAAUCAACUCACAAGCCCAGUCUUUCAUCACCUUCGACGCCGAGCACUGCUGAGGGAAACAACUCUAGAUCCGGUGAUCGUCCGGACCCAGCGAUGAUUGAGUACGAAAACAAGAUUGCAGGACUGUCGAUCGAGCUCCAGAACGGAUCGAUCAACCGAGUCAAGCCCAGCGAGAUUGCUGAUCUGCUGUAUUCGGAUAUCCCCCAGUUUUGCAGACAAGAUGGCAGCCGAUUUUUGGCCGGCAAGACCGGAAAACAACGAGCCUCCGACCAGCUCGACCGAUACUUCCGAAUCCAGCGCCAGGUGCGAGAGUCCGGACAGCGCGCCCAGCAGAGGAUGUGGUCUCAGCCCCAGUCAACCUGGCUGUACUCCCAGGACUCGGAUCUCUUGGGGGGAAAAGCUGAUAAAGCCCAGCCAAGAGGGAAAGGCCAUCGUAGUCAAUCCCCCUCGACGGCGAGGAGGAUGGAAGAGGAGGAGGAAAAGAUGGCCGAGCUCCGUCGAAAGACGAUUGUGAGACCGAGCUCGGCAGGACUGGCUUGCCAGCCCUGUCCGAUCUGUCUGGAGCCCUUCGAUACUAGACUUGAUGAGGAGGAGGAUGAGUUCUUCUGGACCAAUGCGAUCGAGAGCUUUAAUGAAACCAAACAGACAACGGUGAUCUACCAUGCUACGUGCCAUUAUGAGACCCUUCGUAACAAGAAACGGAUGCAGCUUCGCUCCGAACGUGAACCAGUCAAGAAACCCGCCCCCGCCGGCCUUCCGUCCGGUGCCGCUGUGCCCCGUAAGCAGCUCCUAGACACCAACCGGGCCCACCCAACAUCCAACACUAGCGAGUCUUCUGAUCCUAAGAGCCAGCUCGUCCAGCCGAGCGACCUAGCUAAGAAGGAAAACUAUAACGGAUACCCUGUGAUGUCGUUGGCCCCAUCACCGGUAGCUCUGGACUCCACAAACGUCCUCAAAAUCAAAGUCGAAGACCCUCCCUCAGACCCCUCGUCAGUCCUCAUCUCUAGGAAACGGCAAGGAUCUUCUCUAUCUCCUUCGCGGUUGACCGAGCAUCGGGACGCUUCUUCUCUGGAGAGCAGGAAGAAACCCCGACUCAUUGCUACCUGA